AUGAUCAAAGAUAAUCCGGAACGGAUCUUGGUAAACGGUAAUUCUUACUGGAUUCUUCGUGAAUUGGGACGAGGAGGAUCUUCGGUGGUUUAUUCCGCGCUGGAUUCAAAGCGCUGUCUGUGGGCUAUCAAAUGCGUUGAAUUGUCCCGGGCCGAAAGACACCUUAUGGCUGGAUUCGCCAAUGAGAUUGCCAUGCUUCGCAGUCUGGGUGAUACGGAUCGUGUGAUUCGAUUGCAUGAUUGGUAUGUUCACAAAUAA